AAUUUUAACACUUGUAGUCUUUAUUAUAUUAAUGAAUUUGAGUUUUAUGAGGAGAUGAUUUCGAAGUACAUGUUAUUAAUGGGCUUAAUUUCACAUAACAUAGUUUAUUCAAUCAAUAUGUAUUUUGGAAGACCAUUCAUUCCAUACUAUUAUUCAAUUCCAAACAACAAUGUAUUUCAGACCUUACAAGACAGUUUUGGAACUUUCAACAACUUCGGUAAUUUUUACAGGAAACAAAACGCUCAAUGGAAUCAAGGAAAUAGGUUAUCGCAACUACCAGAAAUAGUAAAACGUAAUAAUGAAGAUUAUACUAUACAUCAAAGCACUUUUGGGGAUAGACAACAUGAACCACGGGGUAAAAAUUUGAUAAAUCACCACCUUUGGAACAUUCAUGCACAACAAGCCCUUUUGCAACGUCAUCAUUUAGAAAAACAAAAACAAUAUCAACAAUAUUUACUAAAGAAUCAAGAAGAAAUUAAAAAACAACAUGACCAUCAAGAAAAACUGACAAAAGAAAAAACGUUAAAGAAAAAGUUUGCACAACGUUCAAAGUUUUUACAACGACUUUACUAUGAUAAUUUGCUGCAUCGUGAAUUUGAUGAAAAUGAACUUGAAAUGCAUCAAAAAACAUCUGACGAAACCUAA